UCGGCAUAAUGGCCGGCACAAUACGGAAUCCUGGCAGGGAUGGUGAAGUCUAUCGACGAUGGAACGUGUUAUGCGGUGCAGCCGAAGCGCUUGUGACUGCGCCGUAGCCGUGCUAAUGGCGCGGUUGCCAUGCAGCGUGAAUGGAAAGUAUGAGGAAAAUAUAGGCUGGAGGGCAACGAUGGAACGUGUUAUGCGGUGCAGCCAAAGCGCUUGUGAGUGCGUCGUAGCCGUGCUAAUGGCGCGGUUGCCAUGCAGCUUGAAUGGAAAGUAUGAGGAAAAUAUAGGCUGGAGGGCAACGAUGGAACGUGUUAUGCGGUGCAGCCGAAGCGCUUGUGAGCGUGUCGUAGCCGUGCUAAUGGUGCGGUUGCCAUGCAGCGUGAAUGGAAAGUAUGAGGAAAAUAUAGGCUGGAGGGCAUGGGGGAGGUGGGAGGGCAGACAGUACAUAAGCCCCACAGGACAGGGAAGGGCAAAGGCGGGACGGCACGGGGGAGGCGGGAGGACAAACGUCAUGCAAGCACACCAAGCAGGCAGACCAGAAAAAAAUACAAGUCCCAAGAAAACCGAAACACUGAAAAAAUAAAAGUUGAUGAUGAAAGAUUGUUUCAUCGGAGUUGCACCGACUCGUCAGGAGGCUUUGACCCUUGUUGAAGGCAGACUUUCCCCCAGCGGAAUAUAGCAGCGGGCAGCAACCCUGCAGAGCACCAGGCAAUGCAGUAGAGGCGACACGGCUGCACAACGCCAAAAACAACUGCAAGGAACGACACGGCACGCAGGUCUUGCAGCACGGCAACCACGCAGUGAAGCACAAGUCAACACCACCAAGACAACCACACUGCAAGGGACGACAGGGACAAGCAGCAGAGCAACCAUGUGGUGAAGCGCAAGGCAACACCAACACAGCAACCAAACUACAAGGCGCACAAGCGAAGGACACGGAUAGCCAGGCCAGCGGAAGGGCGGCAAGGCAGCAGAGCAACGAUGCACAAGGCAACACCACAACCCGGCCACACCACGCAGCGAAGACAGCAGCUUGCCAAACUACCUGUGAAGCAAGCGGAAUGGGCAGCAAGGCAGUGACAGAGUGCAGAUGAGGCAGUUCACACAUCCAACAUGGAGUAAAGUGGCACAUCACCU